CACUCCACACUUUUCAAAGUUGUUGCAGCUUUCUGCUCUGAGCUUUUACUCUCUAUAUCAUUCUUUUUUUCCCCCUCUGCCUAUCUUUGCUGGGACCUUUAUAGCUUUGGGAGUGAAGAAUUCCUGCCUCUGUUUUAUGAUUCAUUUUUUCCUUCUUUCCUUUCAUUCAACAAGAAGAGAAAAAAAAAAAUCCCAAGCCACAGAUCUGACCUGCUGCACUUUGAUUUUGUGCUCCUUUCCUCCCCUCUUACUCCCUGAAAAACAAGGGAUUCACUGAAAGGAAACAGGAGACAGGAAGAAAAAGGUGGAAGUGGAUUAUACAGUGAUAACCCAAACUCUCCCUCCCUGCUCUGCUCCACUACAAAAGGUUGAGUGGGAGAUACGUGAAGGGGUUAACCAGACCCUGCCAAAAAUCACCUCACUGUUUCCAACAAGAGGACAAAUAAUAAGGGAACUAAUUUGAUUGUUGAGGUCAGAUUUAGCAGCUUUAAUUCGAUUUCACAGAGUGAGAUUUGGAUCCAGCAGUCCCAGAGCCUUUACUUACUUUCCUAUCUCCACCCUUUUUUUUUUCUCUUGCUGAUCCUCAUAUAAAAAGCAGAAAGUUACAAAUCCAAAGCCAUCAUGAGCAGCAACGAUUACUACGACCAACACCAAUACCAAGGUGAGGAAGCUGAUGAGAUGCCAGCCACAGAGAAGGACUUGGCUGAAGAUGCCCCCUGGAAGAAAAUUCAGCAGAACACCUUCACCAGGUGGUGCAAUGAACAUCUCAAGUGCAUGAACAAACGCAUUGGGGACUUGCAAAAAGACCUGACUGAUGGCUUGAAGCUCAUAGGCUUGCUGGAGGUCCUGAGUCAGAAGAAGAUGUACAGAAAGUAUCACUCCAGACCCAACUUCAGACAAAUGAAGCUUGAAAAUGUAUCCGUUGCCUUGGAAUUCCUGGACAGGGAGCACAUCAAACUAGUGUCUAUAGACUCAAAAGCCAUUGUUGAUGGGAAUCUGAAGUUGAUCUUGGGCCUGAUAUGGACACUCAUUCUGCACUACUCUAUCUCCAUGCCUAUGUGGGAGGAUGAGGACGAAGAAGAUGCCAAGAAACAGACACCAAAACAAAGACUUCUUGGAUGGAUCCAGAACAAGAUACCACAACUUCCAAUUACCAAUUUCCAUCGGGACUGGCAGGAUGGCAAAGCUCUGGGUGCUCUCGUAGACAACUGCGCCCCAGGUCUAUGUCCAGACUGGGAAGCAUGGGAUCCCAACCAGCCCGUGGAGAAUGCGAGAGAAGCUAUGCAACAAGCUGAUGAUUGGCUGGGGGUGCCUCAGGUCAUUGCACCAGAGGAGAUUGUAGACCCCAAUGUGGAUGAGCAUUCAGUCAUGACCUACCUGUCCCAGUUCCCUAAAGCUAAGCUGAAGCCAGGUGCUCCCCUUCGCUCCAAGCAGUUGCACCCCAAGAAAGCCAUUGCAUAUGGGCCAGGUAUCGAGCCUCAGGGAAACAUAGUUCUGAAGCCCGCCUUUUUCACUGUGGAAACCAUCCUUGCUGGCCUGGGUGAAGUUCUAGUAUUUGUUGAAGAUCCUGAAGGACACACGGAAGAGGCCAAAGUUGUUCCCAAUAAUGAUAAAGACAGAACUUACUCAGUCAGCUAUAUUCCAAAAGUGGCUGGACUCCACAAGGUCACAGUGCUUUUUGCUGGACAAAACAUCAACAAAAGUCCUUUUAAUGUCAAUGUUGCCAUGGCAUUGGGUGAUGCCAAUAAAGUCACUGCAAGAGGACCUGGAUUGGAACCUGUUGGGAAUGUUGCCAACAAGCCAACUUACUUUGAUAUCUAUACUGCAGGGGCUGGCUCUGGGGAUGUUGGAGUGAUCAUUGUAGAUCCCCAAAACCGUCAAGACAUAGUGGAAGUGGUUUUAGAAGACAAAGGGGACAGUAUCUAUCGCUGCACCUACAGGCCCAACAUCGAGGGACCUCAUAAGAUCUACAUUACCUUUGCUGGGUCACAGAUCCCCAAAUGUCCUUAUGUUGUGAAUAUCUCAGAGGCUGUUGUUUUGCCCCAGGCUCCCAGCACCCCACCCCUGCAGAUCACCCCUCAGGCCAUUGUCACCCCACCUCCUGACAAAGCCAAGAAAGUGGCCCCUCCACCUCCACCCAAACCCAAACCACGCAAGUCAACAUGUAACCCUAGUGCAUGUAGAGCAUCUGGACGUGGACUGCAGCCGAAAGGAGUGCGUGUGAAGGAAGUGGCAGACUUUAAAGUGUUCACCAAGGGAGCAGGAAGUGGAGAGCUUAAAGUGACCAUCAAAGGGCCAAAAGGCACAGAGGAGCCAGUGAAAAUCCGUGAUGCAGGAGAUGGUGUGUACGAAUGUGACUAUUUCCCAGUAAUUCCAGGAAAAUAUGUAGUAACCAUCACAUGGGGUGGAUUUGCCAUUCCUAGAAGUCCUUUUGAGGUCAUCAUCAGCCCAGAAGUUGGAGUGCAGAAGGUGAGAGCUUGGGGUCCAGGUCUGGAGACUGGCAUGGUGGGCAAGUCAGCUGAUUUUGUUGUGGAGGCUAUUGGUACAGAAGUAGGGACACUUGGCUUUUCAAUUGAAGGACCCUCCCAAGCAAAGAUUGAGUGCGAUGAUAAAGGAGAUGGGUCAUGUGAUGUGCGAUACUGGCCCACUGAACCUGGGGAGUAUGCAGUACAUGUCAUCUGUGAUGAUGAGGAUAUUAAGGACAGCCCAUUCAUUGCACACAUCCUACCAGCUAGCAAGAAAGGUUUCCCUGAGAAGGUUAAAGCAUUUGGUCCUGGCUUGGAACCCACAGGAUGCAUAGUAGAGCACCCUGCUGAAUUCACCAUUGAUGCACGUGCUGCUGGUACUGCUGAGCUUAAGAUCUAUGCCCAGGAUGCCGAGGGAUCGCCCAUUGACAUCAAGAUAAAGGAUAAUGGAGACAACACAUACGUUUGCGUUUAUGUACCAACCAAAGCAAUCAAACAUACCAUUAUCAUCACGUGGGGAGGGGUCAAUAUUCCAAACAGCCCAUUUCGGGUAUUGGUGGGUGAAGGGAGUCAUCCCAAUAAAGUUAAAGUUUAUGGUCCUGGGGUUGAGAAGACAGGGCUGAAAGCUAAUGAGCCUACUUACUUCACUGUGGACUGCAGCGAGGCUGGACAAGGUGAUGUCAGCAUUGGGAUUAAGUGUGCUCCUGGGGUGGUGGGACCAGCAGAGGCAGAUAUUGACUUUGACAUCAUUAAGAAUGACAAUGACACUUUCACUGUGAAAUACAUGCCCCCUGGAGCUGGGAAAUAUACCAUCAUGGUGCUGUUUGCUGACCAGGAGAUACCUAUCAGCCCCUUCCGUGUCAAGGUAGACCCAUCACAUGACGCCAAUAAAGUCCGUGCAGAGGGUCCAGGACUUAAUCGCACAGGGGUGGAAGUUGGAAAACCCACGCACUUUACCGUGUACACGAAGGGUGCUGGGAAAGCGAAGCUGGAUGUUCAGUUCACAGGGACCUUAAAAGGUGAAGUCGUUCAAGACUUUGAAAUCAUUGACAACCAUGACUAUUCAUACACUGUGAAGUAUACAGCUGUGCAGCAGGGUAAUAUAACUGUAUCAGUGACAUAUGGAGGGGAUCCGAUUCCCAAGAGUCCCUUUAUUGUCAAUGUGGCCCCACCACUUGACCUGGGCAAAGUCAAAGUUCAAGGACUCAAUAAUAAGGUGGAUGUUGGGAAGGACCAGGAGUUCUCCAUUAACACUAGUGGGGCAGGUGGUCAAGGGAAGGUAGAUGUGAAGAUCACAUCUCCCUCACGCCGUCCAAUCCCCUGCAAGGUGGAAACUGGAGUCACCAGCGAAAUUCACACUGUAAAGUAUAUGCCUCCUGAGGAAGGACCAUACAAGGUGGAUAUCAGCUACGAUGGACAUCCUAUCCAAGGAAGUCCCUUCUCUGUGGAAGCAGUAAUGCCCCCUGACCCUUCCAAGGUUCGUGCAUAUGGCCCAGGAUUAAAAGGCGGUUUUGUGGGUAAACCAGCACCAUUUGCCAUUGAUACUAAGGGAGCUGGUACUGGUGGACUGGGCUUAACAGUAGAGGGACCUUGUGAAGCCAAGAUCGAGUGCCAAGAUAAUGGUGAUGGCUCCUGCUCAGUGUCCUACCUCCCAACGGAACCUGGAGAGUACUCCAUCAAUAUCCUGUUUGCAGAAUCCCACAUUCCUGGUUCUCCAUUUAAAGCAGACAUCCGCCCUGUAUUUGACCCAAGCAAAGUUACAGCCAGUGGGCCAGGUCUGGAAAGAGGAAAAGCUGGGGAAGUAGCCACAUUUACCGUGGACUGCUCAAAAGCUGGUGAGGCUGAGCUUACCAUAGAGAUACUGUCAGACUCAGGUUCCAAGGCCGAAGUUCUGAUCCAGAAUAAUAGUGAUGGGACCUACAGCAUCACCUACAUCCCUUCCUGCCCUGGAGCCUAUACCAUCACUAUCAAAUAUGGAGGACAUGCUGUACCAAAAUUUCCUGUUCGUGUCAAUGUGGAGCCAGCUGUGGACACCAGUGGUGUAAAAGUAUUUGGUCCAGGGGUGGAACCAAGAGGUGUUCUCCGCGAGGUCACAACAGAAUUCACAGUUGAUGCUCGUUCUCUGACGAAGACAGGUGGAAGUCACGUGACCACACGUGUGCUCAGUCCAUCAGGGGCUGUAACUGAAAGUUUAAUUUCAGACAAUGGAGAUGGGACAUACCUUGUACAUUAUACAGCAUAUGAGGAUGGUGUGCAUUUGGUGGAAGUUUUGUAUGAUGAUGUUCCAGUUCCCAAGAGCCCAUUCCGAGUUCCUGUCACCGAGGGUUGUGACCCAACUCGUGUGCGAGCAUAUGGUCCAGGUCUAGAAGGUGGGCUCCUUAAUAAGUCCAAUCGCUUCACUGUGGAGACCAGGGGAGCUGGCACUGGAGGUCUUGGUUUGGCCAUAGAAGGUCCCUCUGAGGCUAAGAUGUCCUGCAAGGACAACAAAGAUGGCAGCUGUAGUGUGGAGUAUAUACCAUUCACUCCUGGAGAUUAUGAUGUCAAUAUCACCUUUGGUGGACGUCCCAUACCAGGAAGUCCAUUUCGUGUGCCAGUAAAGGAAGUUGUGGAUCCAAGCAAAGUGAAGUGCUCAGGACCAGGUCUUGGUGCUGGAGUGAGAGCCCAUGUGCCCCAGACUUUCACAGUAGACUGCAGCAAAGCUGGACUGGCACCACUUGAGGUUCUGGUGCAUGGACCAUCAGGUUUGGCAGAGCCAGUAGAUGUUCGUGAUAAUGGGGAUGGAACUCACACUGUGAAGUACACCCCAGCCAUGGAUGGACCAUACACAGUGUCUGUUCGAUAUGCUGACCAGGAGGUACCACGCAGCCCAUUCAAGAUCAAGGUGCUGCCUACCCAUGAUGCCAGCAAAGUUAGAGCCAGUGGCCCAGGAUUAAACACAGCUGGUAUACCUGCUAGCCUUCCUGUGGAGUUUACCAUUGAUGCCCGUGAUGCCGGAGAGGGGCUGCUGACUGUUCAGAUUCUGGAUCCUGAGGGAAAACCCAAAAAAGCCAACAUUCGAGGAAAUGGAGAUGGUACUUACACAGUAUCAUAUGUGCCAGAUAUGGCAGGAAGAUACACCAUCACCAUUAAAUAUGGUGGAGAUGAGAUCCCUUACUCUCCAUUCCGUAUCCAUGCAGUGCCUACCGGAGAUGCCAGCAAGUGCUUAGUGACUGUGUCCAUCGGAGGACAUGGUUUAGGAGCCUGUCUUGGGCCUACUAUCCAGAUUGGAGAGGAGACAGUCAUCACAGUGGAUGCCAAGGCUGCAGGAAAGGGAAAGGUGACCUGCAAGGUGUCAACUCCAGAUGGAGCAGAACUAGAUGUAGAUGUGGUUGAAAACCAAGAUGGCACUUUUGACAUAUACUAUACUGCACCUGAGCCAGGGAAAUAUGUCAUCACUAUCCGUUUUGGUGGAGAGCACAUCCCCAAUAGUCCUUUCCAUGUCGUGGCAUGUGAUACUAUUCCCAUCAUAGAGGAACCGUGUGACACUGUACAGCUACACCAGCCUUACCCUGCACAUCUCCCCGGCUAUCCAACUCACUGGGCCACUGAAGAGCCUGUUGUUCCUGUGGAUAAUUUGGAUACUAUGCUGAGACCUUUUAAUCUAGUUAUUCCUUUCACUGUGCAAAAAGGAGAGAUCACAGGGGAAGUUCGUAUGCCAUCUGGGAAAACUGCUCGACCCAACAUUUCUGAUAACAAAGACGGAACGGUCACUGUAAAAUAUGCACCUGUAGAGAAAGGACUGCAUGAGAUGGACAUUAAGUAUGAUGGAAAUCACAUUCCAGGGAGUCCACUACAAUUUUACGUGGAUGCUAUUAACAGUCGGCAUGUAAAUGCAUAUGGACCAGGCCUAAGCCACGGCAUGGUGAACAAACCAGCCGCAUUCACUAUUGUUACAAAGGACGCUGGAGAAGGUGGCUUAUCCCUUGCUGUUGAAGGUCCAUCAAAGGCAGAGAUCACCUGCAAGGACAAUAAGGAUGGAACUUGCACUGUAUCUUACUUACCCACAGCUCCUGGAGACUAUAACAUUAUUGUGCGGUUUGAUGAUAAGCACAUCCCUGGCAGUCCAUUUACAGCCAAGAUAACAGGCGAUGACUCCAUGAGGACUUCUCAACUUAAUGUAGGGACAUCAGCAGAUGUCUCUCUGAAGAUCUCAGAGUCAGACCUUAGUCUGCUGACUGCUAGCAUCAGAGCACCAUCUGGCAACGAGGAGCCCUGUCUACUUAAGAGGCUGCCGAACAGGCACAUAGGCAUCUCCUUCACUCCAAAAGAAGUGGGUGAGCAUGUGGUGAGUGUGAAAAAAAAUGGUAAACACGUUACAAACAGCCCCUUCAAAAUCAUGGUUGGUCAGUCUGAGAUUGGUGAUGCAAGUAAAGUGAAGGUGUCUGGAAAAGGACUAAUUGAAGGAACAACCUUUGAGAUAUCGGAGUUUAUUGUGGACACCAGGAAUGCAGGUUACGGUGGUUUGGGGUUGUCCAUUGAAGGUCCAAGUAAAGUCGAUAUUAAUUGUGAAGAUGUUGAAGAUGGGACAUGUAAAGUAUCAUAUAGUCCCACUGAGCCUGGAACAUAUAUUAUUAACAUCAAGUUUGCAGAGAAACAUGUACCAGGAAGUCCAUUUAUGGUGAAGGUUACAGGUGAAGGACGAAUGAAAGAAAGUAUAACCAGAAGACGCCAGGCUCCUUCCAUUGCAAGCAUUGGCAGCACAUGUGACCUCAAUCUCAAGAUCCCAGGCAAUUGGUUCCAGAUGGUUUCAGCACAAGAGCGCCUAACUCGUACGUUCACACGUAGCAGUCACACGUACACACGCACAGAACGUACAGAGAUCAGCAAGACCCGAGGAGGUGAAACAAAACGGGAAGUACGAGUAGAGGAAUCAACGCAGGUUGGAGGAGAUCCAUUCCAUAACGUGUUUGGAGAUUUUCUGGGACGGGAGAGCCUGGGAACUUUUAGUACCAUUGCAAGACAAGAGGGUGAAGCUGGUUCACAGGAUAUGACAGCCCAGGUGACCAGUCCUUCAGGAAAAACUGCAGAUGCCGAGAUCAUUGAUGGUGAAGACAGCACAUACAGUGUACGCUUCGUGCCACAGGAGAUGGGAUCUCACACUGUUAGUGUGAAGUAUCGUGGACAGCACGUACCUGGGAGCCCUUUCCAAUUCACGGUUGGACCUAUGGGGGAAGGCGGUGCACACAAAGUCAGAGCUGGAGGCACUGGCUUGGAGAGGGGAGUUGCUGGAGUUCCAACUGAAUUCAGUAUUUGGACCAGAGAGGCUGGAGCUGGAGGUCUGUCUAUCGCUGUUGAAGGCCCUAGUAAGGCAGAAAUCUCUUUUGAGGACCGUAAAGAUGGUUCUUGUGGAGUGUCCUACAUUGUACAAGAAGCUGGUGAUUAUGAGGUGUCUAUAAAAUUUAAUGAUGAACACAUCCCUGACAGCCCAUUUGUAGUCCCAGUGGCGUCUCGAUCUGAUGAUGCCCGUCGUUUGACCGUCACAAGCCUCCAGGAAACAGGUUUAAUAGUCAACCAGCCAGCCUCUUUUGCUGUACAGUUGAAUGGUGCUCGUGGCGUGAUUGAUGCUAAAGUACACACACCAUCAGGAGCUGUAGAGGAAUGCUACGUGUCUGAAGUAGAUAGUGACAAAUACGCAAUCCGUUUCAUUCCUAAUGUGAAUGGAGUGCACUCAAUCGAUGUUAAGUUCAAUGGGCGCCAUAUCCCAGGAAGUCCAUUCAAGAUUCGUGUAGGAGAGCAGAAUCAGGUUGGAGAUCCUGGUCUUGUCACAGCGUAUGGCCCAGGACUUGAGGGUGGAGUCACAGGUAGACCCUCAGAUUUCAUUGUAAGCACUCUCAAUGCUGGAUCUGGGUCUCUCUCUGUGACAAUUGAUGGACCUUCCAAAGUUAAGCUGGAUUGCCAAGAUUGCCCUGAAGGAUACAAAGUCACAUAUACCCCAAUGGCCCCAGGAAAUUAUCUUAUCUCCAUCAAAUAUGGAGGUCCCCAACACAUUGUCAGAAGUCCCUUUAAGGCUAGAGUAACAGGUCCACGUCUCUCGGGAGGCCACAGUCUCCAUGAAACAUCCACAGUGCUGGUGGAAACUGUCACCAAAUCUUCAGCUUCUGUAGGGGGGUAUGGUAUGGCUGUUCCCAAAUUUACAUCUGAUGCCAGCAAAGUAGUGUCUCGUGGCCCUGGGCUGUCAAAGGCUUUUGUUGGAGAAAAAAACACUUUCACAGUAGACUGCAGCAAAGCAGGCACCAACAUGCUGAUGGUUGGAGUACAUGGUCCCAAAACCCCUUGUGAGGAGGUAUAUGUGAAGCACAUGGGCCACCGUCUUUAUAAUGUGACCUACACAGUGAAGGACAAAGGGGACUAUAUCCUCAUCGUUAAAUGGGGAGACCAAAAUGUACCUGGGAGUCCCUUCCAAGUCUCUGUACCUUGAAGCACUCUUUCACCUUCGAUCAUUGGGGGCAUCACUUAAAGCCUACCAACCUGCCAAUCAAGAACAAACGCCUCCCUUUUUUAUGCAAAUGCACUGAUAAAAACAAAAACUGUAAUGGCACAAUAGCUAAUUAUAAAUUCACCAAGUGCCUUUGUAUAUCCAAUAUAUGGAUUUUACCAUAAUAUGAGGGCGUUGUAUUGGAGCAACAGCAAUAAGUGGGUGGGAGGAGGGGGAAGGGAAAAGGGCAACAAGCAUGCACAUACCCACAAUGCCCGUGUCCUUUCUGCUUUUUACAUUUUUUUCUUUAUAUUCCGGUUGGUGUUUUAUUUUUUUAAAGUCGCUUCCUGUCAUGUUUUAUAUGCGCUUUAUGUGUUUUUUUUCUAUUGGAGGGAGACGGGAUGUUUUUUGGGGGGUGAAAGGUCAAAUAAGGUAUCAGGGGUCAAUGAGUCUUUAUGUGAGAUGACUGCUGGUUAUUAACAAAAUGCACACUGAGUAAUCUGGAACAUCUAUGUACCAGAUCCCUUUCUGGAUUUUAUCUUAAAUAUAGUUCCAUUUUAAAAUGGUAGCUAAAAAUAAAAAUUAUGUUCAUUGGUUUAAUUAAAAAUCUGUUUUGUUUAUAGCUUAAAAAGGCAUGAAAAGAAAAUGUAACACUUUAUAAAAAAAUUAUGUGUUACUCCUAAUGUCUUUCAAAAUUUUAUUUUCACCUUAUUACAAUUCUGCAUUAUGAUUACAUUUUCCAUAUUUUUAAAAUUGUUCAUAUUUUAUUUAUUAUUUUCAAAUUGGAAAUGAAAUCUUUGGUUCUGAAAAAUAAUUUAAAUUUAGUCUUGUUAUUUCAUGUUAAUCAUCUUGUUUUUAUUUUUUUAAUUUGGUAUAUUCCUAUAGUCUAGUCUAUUUUAGUUAUUUUUUAAUUUGCAGACCUGCAGGUUUUGACCAUAUACCAUUUGGCCCUUUGACCUCUGACCCGGCCAGUCGUUGAGGAAUAUGUUUUGAUUGUCUUAGCACUGUAAUAUGGGGCGGUGGUGAAGUCUUAUGGUAGUUUGCCAUGAGGCUGCUUUUUUGUAGAGAGUUGGAUUAGAUGCAUCACACAUGGCCCUCAAAAGCAUAUGGUCAUUUAGAACAGAUCUUUAAAUCGGUGCAUACAGAACAAAAAAUAAAGAUUUAUUUGCUAAUGUGCUGUAA